GGAUUAUGGACACUGAUCACACCAGUGGCGCGUCCCAUCAAGUUAGAAACGAUGGGUAACAAAAAGUUGGCCAUUGACUCCUCCAUAUGGUUAUACCAGUUUCAAAAUGCAAUGAGAGAUCGAGAAGGUCGAGGUCUUACAAAUGCUCAUAUUUUAGGAUUUCUUCGACGUAUCUCAAAACUUUUAUAUUAUGGUAUCAAGCCUGUUUUUGUGUUUGAUGGAGGAGCACCUGUUUUAAAAAAACAAACAAUAGUUGAGCAUUUAUACUUUUCUUCAAUUUUUAAACUAGAUGAUAUGAGACAUCAAGUGGAUGCAGAAGUAAAUAAAUUAAAGGAUCAACGAGUUAAAGACAGACGAGAUGCGGAUGACGUUAACUUGCAGAUGUCAAAAGAUAUCCAAUCUAUGUUGAGGUUGUUUGGAAUCCCAUAUGUGAUUUCACCUAUGGAAGCUGAAGCACAAUGCGCAGAAUUACUCAAAAAAGGUUUAGUAGAUGGAAUCAUUACAGAUGAUUCAGAUGUGUUUUUGUUUGGUGGGACUAGAGUAUAUAAGAAUAUGUUCAAUCAAAACAAAUUUGUUGAAUGCUAUCUGAUGAACGAUUUAGAAAAAGAAUUGGGACUCAGUAGGCAAAGAUUGAUCCAGUUGGCUUAUCUCUUGGGAUCUGAUUACACGGAAGGAUUGGCUGGUGUAGGACCUGUGACGGCAAUGGAAAUCUUAAGCGAGUUUGAUGAUGAACAUUUGACGGUCGCUGGGCUCGAUAGCUUGAUCAACUUUAAAAGAUGGUGGAUGAAGGUUCAGGUUGGGAAAGAUAGUGAACAGGAAUCCGGCACCGCUUUCCGAAAGAAGUUUGUAAGCGCAUUUUUUGCAUAG